CGAUCGCUCGCGUACCCCUGCAUCUGGAACCCGAAUGACGUUGAUCACAUAUCGGGCCUUCCAUCACCAGCAACUACCGCUCUGACAUUGCACCGCUCCAUCAACGCAUGCCGGACAUGUCUGGCCACUAUCCACCGGGCGGUAAUGUGCCGUUUCAAUACUACAAUAUGGAUGCAAACGGAGCCUCCAACACCAACCUACGGAACGCUGCCCCGCUGCCAAGAAUGCUCCCAGAUUCAUCCCACGGAGCUCCAGGAAUCCCAGAAAACCCAUUUCAACCAGGGAUGACCGGGCCCUUUGUACAAUAUACAGAGCCGCAUAUGCAGCCGACGUAUGGCGACAUGUAUGAUGAUGUCUCCGGGCCAUUGGGGUCAGCACAGGGUGGCAAUGCGAGAGCAAGGCGGCGAGCACUGCCCGGCGAGCAGGUGAAGCACCGCAGAACAAGGAGCGGCUGUUUCACGUGCAGGCAAAGGAGAGUCAAGUGCGAUGAAGCUCAUCCUACAUGUGACAGAUGUCGGAAGGGUGGUCGCGAGUGCGUCUAUCCAGACAAAGAAUCCACCCAGAAAUCACUACGUAGUGGAUCCAAAUCAGACAAGUCCUCCGCGGAUGGAACGUCUUCGCCAGAAGACCCUGCAGAAGAGGGGAACGACCAAUUGCCCACCAUUCAUGAUGAUGAUGAGGAUGAGGACGAAUACAUGGAAGCCGGCUAUAUGGAUAAAAGUCAGGAUUUGCGCGACUCGUCUCACACACCUGCUUCCACACUUGACCAGAGCACAUCACCAUCCACAGAAGCCUCCUCAAUCAUUGCCCCAGCUAUACGGCAGCCUUUGUCGCGGAGAAGUAGUGCGCAGGUUACGAAAAUCCCCGCAGCGUCUCGGGGGUUUCCCCACACACCCAAAGAUGUGGCAUUCUACCUGAACUACUUCAAGGAACACAUGACCCAUCAUCAUUAUUCCCUGAAACGCGAUUCCCAAAAUUUUCUGAAAGGCGAGUUCUUGGCAUUCGCCCUGAAAAAUGAGCCCUUGAAGUAUGCAGUGGUGGGGUACGCAGCAUACUUCCACACAAUCUCGCAACCGGAUGGACGCAUGUCGACAUUUCUCCAAUUCUACAAUGAAUCGGUCUCGCGCCUCAGGUUGUCCAUCACCAAGAACAAGAAACAAGGUCUCGCGACUUGUCUUACCAUCCUGCAGCUUGCAAGCAUCGAGGAGAUGCUUGGCGAUUGGGUGAACCUCAUGGGCCACCAGAAAGCUGCUUUCGACAUGCUGACUCGGUUGUACACGCCCAAGACCAUCACACAGUCAGACUUUCUGCUGAAAGUAUUGCUUUGGUACACUCGGUUUGAUUUGUUCGUGGGCCUUCAGUCAGGCGGGGAAGCUGUCCUGAGUCUGGAUUGGUACGAGGCAGUACACGAAUACUUCGUCGGAAAAGUACGCGAUCAUCCCGAAGAUAUGGGUUACAAGUAUGAGGAGCGCUUUGCCUAUUCUCGCCUCGUGGCCAAGAACUCGAGCGAUCUCUUCUCUCGGAUGGGAAAGGGUUUACUGAGUCCACAGGAAUUUAUGGAGAAUCUCCCGGUGGUUCAGAACAAGGUUGAGGGCCUAAUCAAAAGUAUUGGCCCGGAGCUCCUCAAUCCUGCUUACAAAGUUGAAAGCAUUCCUGGACAGCCCAGACCUGACGAUAUUGUGGACGCCUACGAACCUAAUGUCAUCUGGGGUGAUGAUCUGUGGACAACAAACUACUUGAUGCUAGACUUUUGGAGCAUCAACUUUAUGCACAACAUUUCAACGUCAAUGGCAUUCAAGAAGCCUUUUGCGCCGGAGCUCACAACAUUGGCGUACAAAGCCGCGCAAACCUUUGAAGCGAUGUGCGCAUAUCCCGGGGCACCGAGUGGUGCCAUCAUCGAAGCCCAAGUCAGUGUCGCCAUCGCCACGCUGUUCCUGCCAAAAGACCCAAAGACCAUGCAGUGGUGUCGACGAACUUUCGCAAAUGUUGAAUCUUGCGGGUACAUCUACCCGGACGUAAUGCGCAACCGAAUGCUGGAUGCUUGGGGUCUUGAGCCUUCUGACUGGUGGCUCCCAAACGAUGAAAGAUGCCCACCCAUAAUUCGAUCCAUCAAGGAUUUCAUUCGCGAACGAUCCACAGCGCCUAAGGAUCAAAUCUCCGAGGACCUGAAAGAGAUGCGCGGUAUUUUUAGCAGCAUGAAUAUCUCGGACUCUCCAGGGUCAGACAACAUGACCAUAACCAGCAAUGACAGCACGACAGGGGUCAUGAGUGUUCCGGGCCAGUUCAGCGCCUCGCCUGACUGGUGAUCAUAGCUCGGAGUACACAACAGUCUGCGGCAAAUCGCUCGUCGACAUCAGUGCUUCCGUCCGGAUCGACGAAAAGGCUCGAGCGGGCGAAUGCCCAUGUCAGUCAACGUUUUGACGUAUGCGCACCUUUAAGCCUCUAUGUCACAGACGCUAGGGCUCUCUCGUCUGAAACAAUCUCCACGACGAUUUUCAGCCCUGGUGUCUACGUAUGUUGCAGACGGAUCCCGAGAGGCGUUUGGUGCUACGUUUGGCGGCAUAGUUCGGACAGCUUGCUACGUGCUGCGUCCAAGGCUACACAACCGCAUCUCUGUAACACUGCCUUGCGGCAUUCUUGGACUUCAAUGGGCGAAGUUUAGCGACUGUCCCCCAUGUGGUUAACCGCCAAUUGUACUGCAGCUGCUGCGGGAUGCUAGUUUCGACGUCCCUGUAGCAAAGACCGAGUCACGAGCCGCUAGGGAACGGAUCUCAGUGCCGCUGUAAGGGAACCUCAGAGCAGUCGA